UCCAAAUGCGUCCCCGAGACCUCCAUGCCCGUCCUGUUCACACAUAAAAGCCCAGGAGGGGCUGGCCUGUGGGUGGGGAAUAUGAUAAUAGGCGUCAGAGGAAGUGAGCGCAGUGUGGUGGAAUGCAGUUGCCAUUAGUGGGAGUUGUGCUUCUGCUGGCUAACAGCUAGUCUGCUAUGUUGAGUCGGAGCAGGAGACGCAGAGGAAAGUGAUGACAACAUGCCCCACUUCACGGUGGUACCAGUGAAGGACCAGGCUCCGGCCAGCUACGACACGCUAGAGGGGAUUAACUGGGUGGAUUACAGAGACACUGGACAGGAAAACCAUGAUCACCAAGACACUGUCAGCUCUGAUGGACACGGGAAUCAUAAUGAAGACAGUCCAUUUCUCAACAGCGCUGAUGCUGCUUGCAAGAAGAAUGACUUCUAUGACAGGAACCUGGCGCUGUUUGAGGAAGAGCUGGAUAUCCGACCGAAGGUUUCCUCCCUUCUCAGCCGCUUGGUCAACUACACCAGCAUCACCCAGGGAGCCAAGGAGCACGAGGAGGAGGAGAGUACCGAGGCCUCGCGCAGGAAGACCCCCAAGUCUCCCAACAUGGGCACUCUGAUGGGCGUCUACUUGCCGUGUCUCCAGAACAUCUUCGGUGUCAUUCUUUUUCUCCGCCUGACGUGGAUCGUCGGGAUGGCUGGCAUCAUGCAGUCCCUCCUGAUUGUUCUCAUGUGCUGCUCAUGUACAAUGCUCACAGCCAUAUCGAUGAGUGCCAUUGCUACUAAUGGUGUCGUUCCAGCUGGAGGAGCAUAUUUCAUGAUCUCACGCUCCCUUGGCCCAGAGUUCGGAGGAGCUGUGGGACUCUGCUUCUACUUGGGCACCACCUUUGCUUCUGCCAUGUACAUACUUGGUGCCAUUGAAAUCUUCUUGAAAUAUCUGGUGCCCCAGGCAGCCAUCUUUCAUGCCACAGACCCCCUUGGGAGUGACAGUGCCAUGCUGAACAACAUGCGAGUCUACGGUUCGAUCUGUCUCACUCUGAUGGCUGUGGUGGUUUUCGUAGGAGUCAAAUAUGUCAACAAGCUGGCCUCUCUUUUCCUUGCCUGCGUCAUUAUCUCCAUUGUCUCCAUCUAUGCCGGGGCAAUCAAGUCCAUGACUCACCCACCAGAAUUCUCUAUCUGCAUGUUGGGCAACAGGACGUUGGUGAGAGAUCGCUUCGACGUGUGCGCUAAGACUGUGACAGAGGGCAACAUCACCGUGCCAAGUCAGCUGUGGCACAGUUUCUGCCUGGCGGAGAACAUGAGCAGCGCUCAGUGUGAUGACUACUUCAUCCAGAACAACGUGACAGAGAUACAAGGCAUCCCUGGACUGGGUAGUGGGAUUGUUAGAGAAAACAUGUGGAGCAACUACCAGCAGAAAGGAGAGAUCCUAGAGAAAGCGGGGCUACAUUCAGUGGACGCCCACGGCAUCACGGACAACUUCGGCAUGUAUGUGUCAGCAGACAUCGCUACAUCAUUCACACUUCUGGUGGGGAUCUUCUUCCCAUCUGCCACAGGUAUCAUGGCCGGCUCCAACAGAUCCGGUGAUCUGCGGGAUGCUCAGAAGUCCAUCCCUGUGGGAACUAUUUUAGCCAUUACCACCACUUCACUUGUUUAUUUCACCUCUGUCAUCCUGUUUGGGUCUUGUAUUGAGGGAGUAGUCCUAAGGGACAAGUUUGGCGACGCUGUCAGAAAAAACUUAGUGGUGGGGACACUGUCUUGGCCGUCGCCGUGGGUUAUUGUCAUUGGCUCCUUCUUCUCCACGGUCGGGGCAGGCCUGCAGUCCCUCACUGGAGCGCCCCGACUUCUACAGGCUAUAGCCAAGGACAACAUCAUUCCUUUCCUCAGGGUUUUUGGCCAUGGAAAGACCAACGGAGAGCCUACAUGGGCUCUGCUGCUGACUGGACUCAUAGCAGAGCUGGGAAUUCUUAUUGCCUCACUGGAUAUGGUGGCUCCAAUCCUCUCCAUGUUCUUCUUGAUGUGCUAUCUCUUCGUGAACUUGGCCUGUGCAGUUCAGACUUUAUUACGCACACCAAACUGGAGGCCAAGGUUUAAAUAUUACCACUGGGCUCUGUCCUUCCUUGGCAUGAGUAUGUGUCUGGCUCUAAUGUUCAUCUCCUCCUGGUACUACGCUAUUGUGGCCAUGGGCAUCGCUGGGAUGAUCUACAAAUACAUCGAGUACCAGGGAGCAGAGAAGGAGUGGGGAGACGGUAUCAGGGGACUGUCCCUCAGUGCUGCGCGCUACGCUCUGCUAAGGCUGGAGGCCGGACCCCCGCACACCAAGAACUGGAGACCGCAGCUGCUAGUGCUGCUGAAGCUGGAUGAGGACCUCCACGUGAAAUACCCCCGACUGCUCACCUUCGCCUCGCAGCUGAAGGCAGGGAAGGGUCUGACCAUUGUGGGCUCUGUUGUCCAGGGCCACUUCCUGGACAGCUACGGGGAAAUGCAGGCAGCUGAGCAGGCCAUUAAGAAUAUGAUGGAGAUUGAGCGGGUCAAGGGUUUCUGCCAGGUGGUGGUGGCAUCUAAGGUGCGUGAGGGCGUUGUCCACCUGAUCCAGUCCUGUGGUCUGGGAGGGAUGAAGCACAACACUGUGGUCAUGGGCUGGCCAUACGGUUGGAGACAGAGUGAGGACCCCCGUGCUUGGAAGACUUUUAUUAACACAGUCCGCUGCACUACUGCAGCCCACCUGGCCCUGAUGGUGCCCAAAAAUGUGUCCUUCUACCCGAGCAACCACGAACGCUUCACAGAUGGCAACAUUGACGUGUGGUGGAUCGUCCAUGAUGGAGGGAUGCUAAUGCUCCUGCCCUUCCUGCUUAAACAGCAUAAAGUGUGGAGGAAAUGCAAGAUGCGCAUCUUCACUGUAGCCCAGAUGGAUGACAACAGUAUCCAGAUGAAAAAAGAUCUGGCCAUGUUUCUUUACCAGCUGAGAAUAGAGGCUGAGGUGGAGGUGGUGGAGAUGCAUGACAGUGACAUCUCAGCAUACACAUAUGAGCGAACGUUAAUGAUGGAGCAGAGGUCGCAGAUGUUGAGGCAAAUGAGGCUGUCGAGUGCAGAAAGACAACGAGAGGCCCAGCUGGUGAAGGACAGACACUCUUUGGUGCGUAUGGGGAGUCUGUACUCAGAUGAGGAGGAGGAGGUGGUGGUGGAGGCUCCUCCAGAGAAGGUUCAGAUGACAUGGACGAGAGAGAAGUGUGAAGCCGAGAGGAGGAACAGGAGCAACGCACCCGAGAACUUCAGAGAACUCAUGAGCCUCAAGCCGGACCAGUCCAAUGUGCGUCGGAUGCAUACAGCUGUGAAGCUCAAUGAGGUCAUAGUGAACAGGUCCCAUGACGCUCGAUUGGUGCUGCUCAACAUGCCAGGGCCGCCACGAAACACAGACGGUGACGAAAACUAUAUGGAGUUUUUGGAGGUAUUGACUGAGGGCUUGGAAAGAGUGCUGCUGGUGAGAGGCGGAGGUCGGGAGGUCAUCACUAUCUAUUCAUGACCAACUAGGAGCCGCGGCACAGCCUCAUCAGAAAACAUUCUACCUACGAACACAAGGAAGCACAAAAGAAGUUUAUUCUAUUCUUGUAGAAUAUUGGGACACAUUAGCGUACAUAUCUAUACAGUAUGUUCGAGGCUUUGCUUUUCUUUACAAAUGAAAGCUGUUAUUUUUUUCUCCCUCAGAAAAUCUAUAUUUGUGUCAGACUGUCAAACACAAAGUUUAAGUUUUUAAGCAUUUUCUUAUUUAUAGGUAAAAUAAUUACCAUGUAUUUGACGAUUAGACAGACAACUCAAUCCUGAGUAGUACACUUUUUUUUAUUACAGUUUUAUUAGAUUAGAUUUUUAUUUUAAAACAGCCUAUUUUGGGAGCACAUCUCUAUUUAUUUAUUUAUUUUGUCAACACUUCCCCAUUGAGGUAAAAGAAAACAUAACUACAAAUAGUUAACAUAAUUGUUAACGUUGUUUAUGCUGUAUUGGUUGUAUUGUUGGCACAAAAUCUAGUAUGUAAAUGUGGAUGGCAGAGAUUGUAUUCAAGUUUUUUUAAAGAGUUAUAAUUUAUGAUUUUUGGACAGAUGUUUGUGUUUUUGAUAAGAAAACAAAAUGUACAUGAAUGACCUUUGAACUGUUACAUUUGUACUUUUUCUACCAACCCGUAAAGCAUAAAAAGAAGGCUUAAUUUAAAGAUUUUUGCGAAAAUGGAAACCGUCUCCUUUUUACUUUUUUUUUUUGCAACUGCCAGUCAAAGUAUUCACAUCCUUUAGAUAGCCGUCAGUGCGUUACUUUUCAAUAUUUGUCGUUGGAGUCACCACACCCAUCUUCACAUUCCUUCAGUGUUAGUUUGUUUAGUGCUAUUGUAAAAAGAUACAGCAGUUAGUAUUCGUAUACUUAAGUACCUGCUUUAUGAGAGUUGCCUGUAGUAUUAAACCCUUGAUGUUACCACAGUAACCAUGGGUGUCAUCUAAACAACCAGCAUGGAAAUCUGAAGAAUUACAAGUUCAAGAAAUUCUGUUCUCUGCUAAAUGAGACUAUCAGAUCCCCUUUUUGUGUGUUUUAUCAUGUCUUUGUCUAGGUAGUUGAGUAUGAUCAGUAUUAUAGGCCUGCAUACACUGUAGAGAACAACUGUCUCUUUUUCUGAGAACUAAAUGUGCUGUACAAGCCAAGGAGGGUGUUUUAUAAUGUACUGUAUGGGAUAACCCAUGACAAGGUGUGCAGUUAUUAAAAACAUGCAAUGCUA